CCCGCGCUGCGGGAUCUCGGGGCGCGCGCAAGAACAGCUGUCGCCGCCGCUGUCGCUCAACCCGCAUUAGGGAAGUGAAAGUGUGGGCGUGCCCCGUGAAGUCACUUGCCGGACCCUGUGCAUCCUGGUGCCUCAAGGUAACGCCAGGGGCGUUGGGCUUUACCCCUCCAGGCAUAUUCUUGGAGCAUAUCUGAGGUUGGCACCUGGGCAGCAUCCGGACACCUUCAUUAGCCAUGCCUUCUCGGGGAUGUGUGCUUCUGUGCCUGAUGGCCCUGGCUCUGCUGUGUUCAGCCAGCCAGCCUCCCAACAUUGUCCUCAUUUUCGCCGAUGACCUGGGCUUUGGAGAUCUGUCCUGCUAUGGGCAUCCCACCUCCUCGACGCCCAACUUGGACAAGAUGGCGGCCGGCGGCCUACGGUUCACUGACUUCUAUAGCAGCAGCCCCGUCUGCAGUCCGUCCAGGGCAGCCCUGCUGACGGGUCGCUACCAGACGCGCUCCGGCAUUUACCCCAGCGUGUUCUACCCUGGCUCCCGGGGAGGCCUCCCCUUGGCCGAGGUGACUCUGGCAGAGCUGCUGAAGGGGCGGGGCUACGCCACCGCCAUGGUAGGCAAAUGGCACCUGGGCCUCGGACCGAAUGGGACAUUCCUGCCCACGCACCAAGGGUUCGACCACUUCCUGGGGGUGCCCUACUCGCAUGACCAGGGCCCCUGCCAGAACCUCACCUGCUUCCCCCCGGACACGCCCUGCUUUGGGACCUGCGAACAGGGAGUGGUUCCCGUCCCCCUGUUCUGGAACCAGAGCAUCAUAGAGCAGCCCCUGUCAUUCCCACGCUUGCAGCCUCGCUACGUCGCCUUUGCCCGAGACUUCAUUGCCGCUUCCGCACGGCGCAACCAGCCCUUCCUGCUAUAUUAUGCCUCCCAUCACACGCAUUACCCCCAGUUUGGGAGCCAAGAAUACACAGGCCGCUCGCCUAGGGGCCCUUUCGGAGACGCCCUCCUUGAGUUUGAUGGAUCCGUGGGGCACAUUUUGCAAGCGCUGCAGGACAGCGGGAUAGCCGAAAACUCCCUGGUGUUCUUCACCUCCGACAACGGCCCUGAAACUAUGCGCAUGUCCCGAGGAGGGAGCUCUGGCCUCCUCAAGUGUGGCAAAAGCACAACCUAUGAGGGAGGAGUGAGGGAGCCUGCUGUGGCCUACUGGCCAGGCCGCAUUGCCCCAGGUGUGACCCAUGAGCUGGCCAGCACUCUGGACAUCCUACCUACCGUGGCGGCCUUGGCUGGGGUUCGUCUCCCCAAUGUCACACUGGACGGCUACGACCUCAGCCCCGUCCUCCUUGGAAGUGGGAAGAGUCCACGCCAGACCAUGUUCUAUUACCCCCCGGCCCCCAGCCAGCAGCUCGGCGUCUUCGCGGUCCGCUACGGAAAAUACAAAGCCCACUUCUUCACGCAAGGAGCCUUCCAUAGCGACACAACCCCCGACAAGGACUGCCAUGGGUUGACCCCCCUGCAGGGCCACGAGCCCCCGCUGCUCUUUGACCUGGAGUCAGAUCCAGCGGAGAAUUACAACCUCCUUGGGGACAAGGCUGUGGGGCCCGACGUCCUGUCUGCCCUCAAGGAGCUCUGUCUGCUGAAGGCACUUUUCGAUAAACAGAUGGAGUUUGGGGAGAGUCAGAUUGCGAGGGGCAGCGACCCGUCACUGGAGCCCUGCUGUUCUCCUUCGUGUAGCCCAAAGCCUUCGUGCUGCACCUGUGUGUCAGCCUCUAAGCCUGCAGCCUCCCUUGCAUAAGCGCCUGCCACUCCUCGUACUCUGUACAUGCCACAGCUGAACAGUUGUGGACUCCAAUGAGGGCUUUCAGCACCCUUUUCACUGAGGGAAAUCCACAUGUUAGGGACAUAGGAAACUAUUUCAUACUGAGCCAGACCAUUUGGCCCAACUAGGUCUGUAUUGUCUACACUGACUGGCAGCAGCUUCCUGGGGUUUCAAGGAAAGGAUAUCCCCAGCCCUGCCUAGAGAUCCAGGAUUUGCACUCAGGACCUCCUACAUGCAAAAUGGGUGCUUCAUCACUGAGCAAUGGGCUGUCCUCAAUGUCGUCUUCCGGAGCGGCAGUGUUGCUUUGAGAUGUCCUUCCUUUCCUUCCACUUUGACAGGUUCUAGGUCCUCGGAGAAAAGACCUGUCUUGGUUUCGUUUUAUAUUGCAAAACUAUGCUCUAUAGUACGGACGCAGGUGGCGCUGUGGGUUAAACCACAGAGCCUAGGGCUUGCUGAUCAGAAGGUCGGCAGUUCGAAUCCCCGCGACGGGGUGAGCUCCCGUUGCUCAGUCCCAGCUCCUGCCAACCUACCGUGUUUCUCCAAAAAUAAGACACCGUCUUAUAUUUAUUUUUCCUUAAAAAAAAAAAACCACCACAGUGGCUUAUUUUCAGGGGGUGUAUUAUUUUUUUAUUACACAUCCAGCCUCACCUCUUCCUUGGGGUCCUCCAGAACUGCGCCUAUCACUAUGUCUUAUUUUCGGGGUAUGGCUUAUAUUGUCCAAAUGCUUAGAAAUCCUGCUAUGGCUUAUUUUAUGGGUAUGUCUUAUUUUAGGAGAAACAGGGUGGCAGUUUGAAAGCACGUCAGAGUGCAAGUAGAUAAAUAGGUACCGCUCUGGCGGGAAGGUAAACGGCGUUUCCGUGUGCUGCUCUGGUUCGCCAGAAGCAGCUUUGUCGUGCUGGCCACAUGACCUGGAAGCUGUACGCCGGCUCCCUCGCCAAUAAAGCAAGAUGAGCGUCGCAACCCCAGAAUCGGUCACAACUGGACCUAAUGGUCAGGAGUCCAUUUACCUUUACCUAUGCUCUAUAGCAGGCAUCCCCAAACUUCGGCCCUCCAGAUGUUUUGGACUACAAUUCCCAUCUUCCCUGACCACUGGUCCUGUUAGCUAGGGAUCAUGGGAGUUGUAGGCCAAAACAUCUGGAGGGCCGAAGUUUGGGGAUGCCUGCUCUAUAGUAAAGACUCUUGUGUGAGCCGAUGGUAGUGUUUUCCAUGCCACCUCAAGCACAGAGGUCUGAAAGUACCAGUUCUUGCCAUCGUGGGGACACUUUCAUUCAACGUAUUCAGCACAGGAGACCUUCUGUGUGAUUUUACCAUGUCAGAGAGCAACUCGUGGAAUAGCUCUUAAGAUGGAGGUUGUGAAGUGAGGAUUCUUGAAUGCGAAAUGCUUCUUGCAGAUGUGUCAAUUGCUAGGGUACGGCCCCUUCCAUCCUCUCCUCGGGCGCCCAAAUCCCUGCCCCGAGGAAAAGAGGGCUGCUCCAUUCUACAUCCAAGAGAUGAGAAUAUCAUGCAAGCCUCAUCCUUUAAAUAUCCAUGGAUCCUCAGAGAGGCUGGGCCAACAGUGCGAAAGCAAGACAUGGUCUUAGAGGUGGUUGCAGCAGGCAGCGUUGCCUCUGGCCAUGCCAACGUACUCUGUAAAACCUUGCCACUUCGAGUGCUUGCAAUGACUGAGCCUCUUUCUCCUUGGAGUAGGACCUUGUUGGGUCAACUUCCGUGCCUUGUUCAUCUCCCCCGAGGGAAGUGUUCUGGGUGACUUGCAUUUAGGAAACAGUUUCUCCCAGCCAGAGGUUACUUGGUUUGCUCUGUGUUCUCUGUGACGAACGUCUCUCUGCUCAUUGGAAUUCACCAGUCUUCAGGCAGGGCCUGUGGAAGCAUACAUUGGAUUAUCUUCUCCCUACACCUUCCCUAUGCCCUCUGUCGCACCCACCCUCUCUCAGCCCAUCGGACGGCCCUUCCACUUCAAGGGGGUGGCUCAUAUCCUAAGAAAGCUACAAUGCAACACUAGAACCACAACACAUCACAAGAAGAAGCCAAGCUGUUCACACGGUUGAUGUAUGCAAUAAUAAAGAACUUGAGAAGCCCGGGAUGAAUUGAGAAGCCCAGAUAUUCCAUCCAUGCAUUGGCCAGACCCCCACAGGUUCAGCAUCAGCAAACUGGUGGCACCUUGUGCCCUCACCCCAUGGGAAGCCAACUAUGUGCAAGGUCCGGUCCUCACCAGAGGGGGGAGGAGCCAGGCAUCAAAAUGGAUCAUCCCAGUUUUUGGAGUGGGGGCAGCAGCUGAGCAGCUCCAAGCAGGCUCUGCGGCUCCCAACAGAAUAUUAAAAAAACCACGAUAAAACAUCAGCCACUAAAAACUUCCCUAAACAGGGGUGCCUUCAGAUGUCUUCUAAAAGCCAGGUAGCUGUUUAUCUCCUUGACAUCUGAUGGGAGGGCGUUCCGCAGGACAGGCGCCACCACCGAGAAGGCCCUCUGCCUGGUUGCCUGUAACCUCACUUCUCGCAGGGAGGGAACCGCCAGAAGGCCCUCAGAGCUGGAUCUCAGUGUCCGGGCUGGGUGAUGGGGGCAGAGACAGUCCUUCUGUCAAUAUUGAGGAAAGUAUCCUGCAACCUCUCGGAGGCACCGGCAGGGGCUGCCACAGCAGCAUCAGGAAGGUAUUUCCUAUAUUUCCUGCAGGUGACCGGAGAGGCAAAUCUUCUGGAAACUAAAAGCAAACUUCCUCAUGGGAAGGAAAUGGUGCACUAAUUUGGAGGAAGGCCAGAAUCUUCGUAGUAUCUCUCUGCUUCUGAGCUGAUGAAGCAUCGUGCGGAUUUGAAUGCCAUCCUGGCUUGUAGGCAGCCUAAUUCCUCUUUUCCCCCAGCUGGAAAUUGUAACAGUUGUCUGCCUAUUAAGGAUGUUGCAAAUGUGGCUGAGAUAUGCUUUCAAGGCUCAAAAUGCCCUUUAUUAAAGCAGUCGUUUUAUUUCACCUUUCAUACCAUAUUCAGUCCCAGGAAUAAGAAGUGAAACUUGGGCUCACAGAUGUAUUUUUUCCAGGAAGGAGAUGUAAUCAGGUCUGCAUUUUUGCCAGGUGAUUUUGUUUCUUAAAAAUGGGUGGGGGAUAGUAUUAUAUGGAUUAUUUGCUGUUUAUUGUAUGGUUUAAAACCAUGUAUAUAUUUGAUUCCCCCCCCCUCUUUAAAUUGCCUCUGGCUGUUUUGGGAAAAGGUGGGUAAGAAAAUGUAAUAAGAAUAAUGAACGGCAUACAAUUUGCACUUGCUAAUACAACAACAACUUUUACAGUCA